AUGGUGGACGAUGAACGACCAGACGAAGGGCUGCAGACUGGCUUUCCACGUUCACCCUCCUCCUUUGAUGCUGAUCCGCGAGUGUCCUUUUCCAAACUCGAUGGCAAGUUCAUCCUUGAGACCGAUGAGGGCAACGAGUUCGAAUGGGACAGUGCCCUGAGAAGAUGGAUACCUGUGCUGGAUCAGUCGCUGUUGGAACAACAAGGCGAGAUAUAUAGGGUGGAAGGGGUCGACGAGAAUGCUUCUACGACACAAAAGAAGAAACGAAAACAGCCGAAUGACGCUGAAGCAGGUCAGAAAUCUAAGAAACCCCGAGUCAACACGGCCGUCUAUGUCACUUCAAUACCCCUCGAUGCAGACCAGGAAGAGAUCCAGCACGUGUUUUCGAAAUGCGGCGUCAUUGCGGAAGAGAUAGAUUCAGGAAAACCGCGCAUCAAAAUGUACGAGGAUGACAAGGGACAGUUCAAGGGCGACGCGCUCGUUGUAUACUUUCGACCCGAGUCUGUAGCUCUAGCCGUGCAGAUGUUGGACGACUCCGAUUUCCGCCUGGGCACUGAAGGCCCCAUGGGGAAGAUGAGGGUCCAGGCUGCGGACUUCUCAUACAAGAGUCAGCAAGAGGCACCUGCGAAGACGAACAAAAAGGACCAGAAGAAGAUCAUUAAGAGAACACAGAAGAUGAUGGGAAAACUCACCGACUGGGACGAUGACGACCCCCAAGCGAUCCCCGACACGAGCUCCAGAUGGGACAAGGUUGUGAUUCUGAAGCACAUGUUUACUUUGGAAGAGCUAGAGGAGGAUCCGGCGGCUAUGCUAGAAAUCAAAGAAGACAUCCGUGAAGAAUGUUCCAAGCUAGGCGAGGUCACCAAUGUCGUGCUCUUUGACAAAGAGCCAGCGGGGAUAGCCAGCGUGCGGUUCUCAAACGCCGAAGCCGCGGCAGCUUGUGUUCGGCUGAUGAACGGUCGAUGGUUUGACGAACGGCAGCUCGAGGCGUACAUCGCUACCGGUAACGAGAAAUUCAAGAAAUCAACCGACAGGUCCGUUGGAGACGACGACGAAGACGACGAAGAGGGCGGUCGACUGGAUAAGUUUGGUUCAUGGCUGGAGCAGGAAGGUUGA